CCCGAGUAUAAAAUGAACUUUCCAAACUUCUGUUAGUCAGAAGAGAAGAUGGUCAAGUGCCACCGCUUCUAAAAGACAAACUGAAACAAUAAUCAUUUAUCAGGCGAACAUCAGUUCAUCGGUCAAUCAGAAACAUUAUGGGCAAUACAAAAUCUACUUACUACGGCUUUUUUAAAGAGAAUGAGGUAAAAGAACUUUCUUCACUUUACAAUAAAGGGGGCUUUGAAGCAGUUGUUUCCAGAAUUAAAGAAAAGAAUGAAGCUCUAGAAAAUGAAACACUGAAAAUUGCAGUUACUGGAGAGUCUGGCGUUGGUAAAUCUGCCUUAAUCAAUGCCAUGAGGGGUCUGAGUGAUGGUGACCCUGGUGCAGCUGAAGAGGGCUCUACAGAGCAAACUAUGGAGGUCACAGAUUAUCAACACCCACAACUCCCAAAUGUCUGUUUUUAUGACCUCCCAGGUGUUGGCACUACAGAAUUUCCAAGUGCAACAUAUGUCAAAAAACUUGGACUUGACAAAUACGAUGUUUUCAUUAUUGUUUUUGGAGUGAGGUUCAAGGAAAAUGAUGUUUUUCUUGCCAGAAAAAUAAAUGAAAUGGGAAAGAAGAUUUACUUCCUACGUAGCAGAAUAGACAUUGAAAUGGAUAAUCUAGGAAAAAAGAACCGACAACAAGACAGGGAGAAAGAACUCAACAAAAUCAGACAGUACUGCGUCAAAAAGCUGGAGGAGAUCAAGUUUCCUUCACAAGAGGUCUUCCUGGUGUCCAGUUACCAAAUGAAUGAUUUUGAUUUUUCCAGAUUUUGUAACGUGGUGGAAUCUGAUCUGAGUGAGAACAAGAGGCAUGUAUUUAAACUCUCCCUUCCCAAUUUCAGCACUGAAGUCAUUGAAAUGAAAAAAGCCAGUCUACACCGAAAAAUUCUGGGAGCUGCUGCAGCUUCGUUUGUAGCAGGUGCAUCUCCUAUUCCCGGAACGUCCUUACUUUGUGAUAUCGGCAUUUUAGUAACAACAUUUAUGUAUAUACGAAGCAGCUUUGGUCUGGAUGAUGAAUCACUUCAGAGACUUGCAUGGAAAUUUGGGAAACCCGUGGAAGUCCUCAAAGCAGAAGUCAAGAAUCCGUUUAUCUUUGAUAUUAGCGCAGCCUCAGUUUUAAAACUGAUCACCACUUCAGUUGCUGGUGCUUUUAUGAUUGCUGAAGAAGCAUUUCACUUUAUCCCAAUUGUUGGAUCGGUUGUUGGGGCGCCUGUGUCAUUUCUAUCUACCUACUGCAUCCUGAGAAAUUCACUUGAUGAAUUUGGAAAGUCAGCAGUGAGGGUGAUUAUAAAGGCCACAGAGAAGUAAUUCCAAGUUCACAUCAUGAGCUGAAAGCUUUAAUUCUGUACAUGAAACAGACAUUUAACAAUGUGAUACAUCAACUGCCUGUAAUUUAGGGCUUUUCUAAAAGUUUAGUAAGUGUGAUAUGCUUUUAUUUCUAAAUUUGUAACUGCGGUGUCAAUUACAAAUAGAGAACAUUAAUUUGAUUCCAAAAAUAAUAAAGAGAUAUCAAUUUUAACAGCAUAAUCUUCUUGUUCCAAAUAUUUUCUGUUGAUUUGCAGAGUUAUACUUUUUCAUUAUUGCAGUAAAGUUCAGAGAAGAAGGUACUGCAGUCCACACACAUUUAUACUCUAAGAGAAUAAUCUAGAGGUAACAAUAGUUAAACAUUUUGGUUUGCAAUGUACAUUGAAAUAUAUAAAAAAUAGUUUUGGUAACAGAGGAAGGUUUAUGUAAUCCAUACAUUUUACCAGGAAAUGACUAAGAGAUCAGCAGAUGU